GAGACACAGAGAAAUAGUGAGGGACACGAACGAUUUUGAAGAGAGAUAGAGAUAGAGAAAUAGAGAGGUAUAUGAUACCCUCAAAAAACAUGAAGGGUAAAGAUGGAAAGGGGUCUUACCCUGAUAAAAGUUCCAGGAUGAUUCCCAUUACUCUGAUGUUUGUUGUUCUAUGUGGGUUUUCAUUCUAUCUUGGUGGUAUUUUCUGCUCUGAGAAGAAUCGAUACCUCACAAACGAUGUCGCAAGGCCCGUUCAAUCUCAUAUAGAAGUUACAUCUACUCCUCUUCGCAUUGAAUCUAUAGUGUUUCCUCAAUGUAGCAAGGAUUAUCAAGAUUACACCCCAUGCACUGACCCAAAGAGGUGGAUGAAGUAUGGUCGUCAUCGACUCACUUUUAUGGAACGUCACUGCCCUCCAGUGUUUGAAAAAAAAGAAUGCUUGGUGCCCCCACCAGAUGGCUACAAGCCCCCAAUUAGAUGGCCAAAGAGCAGGAAUGAAUGUUGGUACAGAAAUGUUCCCUAUGAUUGGAUUAACAAACAAAAAUCUAAUCAGCACUGGCUGAGGAAAGAAGGGGAGAAAUUUCUCUUUCCUGGGGGAGGUACCAUGUUCCCUAAUGGAGUUAGUGCAUAUGUUGAUUUGAUGCAAGAUUUGAUUCCUGAAAUGAAAGAUGGAACCAUCCGAACUGCGAUUGAUACAGGAUGUGGAGUUGCAAGCUGGGGAGGUGAUUUACUAGAUCGUGGGAUUCUAACUGUUUCCCUUGCACCAAGAGAUAACCAUGAGGCUCAAGUCCAAUUUGCACUUGAACGAGGCAUUCCAGCAAUAUUGGGCAUUAUUUCGACACAGCGUCUUCCCUUUCCUUCCAAUUCUUUCGAUAUGGCUCACUGCUCGAGAUGUCUUAUCCCUUGGACAGAAUUUGGUGGAAUCUACCUUCUUGAAAUUCACCGCAUUCUUCGCCCUGGAGGUUUUUGGAUCCUGUCUGGUCCACCAGUGAACUAUGAGAACCGAUGGCGGGGAUGGAACACAACAGUGGAAGAGCAGAGAUCAGAUUAUGAGAAGUUACAGGAAUUGUUAACAUCCAUGUGUUUCACAUUGUACAAUAAAAAGGAUGACAUUGCUGUGUGGCAGAAAUCUUUAGAUAAUAGCUGCUAUGAUCGCCUUGCUGCUCCAGAUGUCUACCCACCAAAGUGUGAUGAUGGUACUGAACCUGAUUCAGCAUGGUACACUCCACUCCGCCCUUGCGUUGUUGUUCCAAAUCAGAGAAUAAAGAAAUUAGGGUUAAAAUAUGUACCAAAAUGGCCAGAGCGGCUAAACAUUGCCCCGGAACGAGUUUCAGCUGUUCAAGGUGGGAGUUCUGGUGCAUUCAAGCAUGAUGACAGUAAAUGGAAGAUUCGGGUGAAGCACUACAAGAAAUUACUCCCAGUUAUUGGCACAGAUAAGAUACGUAAUGUUAUGGAUAUGAAUACAGUAUAUGGUGGCUUUGCAGCAGCAGUAAUUGAUGAUCCCCACUGGGUCAUGAAUGUGGUGUCUUCCUAUGCUCCUAAUACACUGCCGGUGGUCUACGACAGGGGUUUGAUUGGGACCUACCAUGACUGGUGUGAGGCAUUCUCAACAUAUCCUCGAACAUAUGAUCUUCUACACCUUGAUGGUCUUUUCACUGCUGAAAGCCACAGAUGUGAGAUGAAGUAUGUGCUCUUGGAGAUGGAUCGGAUCCUACGUCCUAAUGGAUAUGCAAUUAUCCGGGAGUCCAGCUAUUUUGUGGAUGCUGUAGGCACCAUUGCCAAGGGGAUGAAAUGGGGCUGCCGUAAAGAAGAGACUGAGUAUGGUGUGGAGAAGGAAAAGUUAUUGAUCUGCCAGAAGAAACUCUGGUACUCUAACCAGAGUGAAAGAUGAAAUAUCAAGAAGAAAUAUCAGGUUUUUUGAGGACCUCUCCUUGACCAGAGUUGAGGUAGGCCAAGAAAAUACAAGUGAAAAGUGUUUGGUUCAAUUUUUUAAGAUAAAAGAAUGUCCCACACAAUUUAGUCGAGAAUCUCAUGGAAAUUAAAUUUCUUUCCAUUUAAA